GCGUAGAUGAAAAUACAGCAAUAACAAUUAAACUAGACUUACGGUAAAUGUUUUUAUUUCCUGUUUUGCAGGUGAAGCCAUCUUUCUCAUAGUUUGACAGUUUUGUUUCCGUGUAUUUUACAAGUCAUGGCAAAACUUUGUUUGCUCCUUUGGAAGAAUUGGCUGCUUCAACUUCGGCAACCCGUAGUUACUGCCUUUGAACUUCUUCUUCCGACCUUGUUUGCCUGUUUGCUGCUUGGAUUCCGAACACUAGUUGAUUUCGAUUAUCAUGGUAACAUCACGUCAUUCCAGCCAUACUCGAUAGAUGCUUUUCCCUCAAAUUUAACACGGGUGCAUGGAGUAAUUAGCCCAUGGGAACUUGCUUACUGUCCGAAUAUAUCUAUUGUACAUGAUAUCGUUGAAAUGGCCUCAAAGAAUGUGAAAGGGAAGGUGAAAUUACUUGUAGGUCCUGGGUUUGUUACUGAGAAGGAAAUGGAGGAUUUUAUGAAAGUACAGACGAAGGAAGACUCCAUGGUCCUUGGUGCUGUAGUUUUUUAUAAUUCAUUUCCUGAUAGCAAGAACCUCCCUCUGGAUCUGGAGUAUGCAGUUCGGCUCAGUUCUUCGCCACGUAACAAACCGCUGUCCUCUAUCACAGGCACCGAUGAUCCUGAUUUAACAGGCAACACCAGUCAAUGGUUCACUAAUUUAUUAUAUCCAGUGAUUUCUUUGCCAGGACCCAGACAUCCAACUUAUAACUGGGGAGGCGUUCCUGGUUACAUGCGAGAGGGUUUUCUAACUAUUCAACAUGCUGUGGAUAAAGCUAUAGUACAAUUACACAAUGAAACAAUGGACGAGAUAAAAGUGGAGAUGAUUCGGUAUCCGUACCCACCAUACGAGGAUGAUGCAUACGUCAUAGUAGUCCAGUCACAGCUGCCAGCUUUACUUAUGCUGAGUUUAAUAUUCACUGCCUUGAAUAUUGUUAAAGAUGUUGUCUUUGAAAAGGAGAAAAAACUGAAGGAAUCCAUGAAAAUGAUGGGACUGGCCAACUGGUUACAUUGGGUUGCGUGGUUCAUCAAAUACUUUAUCUUACUGUUGAUAGCUAUGAUAAUCUGUACGAUAUUAUUUACGGUAGAGGUCGGUGACCAUGGUUCUGUCAUCAACAACACUGACCCAACAGUAUUGUUUGUAUUUCUUCUCAUCUAUGCCAUCUCUACUGUGACAUUCUGCUUUGCUAUCAGUGUAUUUUUCUCAGUUGCCAAUACAGCUGCAGCUGGGGGUGGUGUUAUAUGGUUUCUGACGUAUGUACCGUAUCUGUUUAUCCAGCCCCGAUAUCAGGACCUGACCCUCGCUGCAAAACUGACUGCAUGUUUGUUGCCAAACACUGCUAUGGCAAUGGGGUCACUGCUAAUUGGGAUGUUUGAAGGAACAGGUCAAGGUGUGCAAUGGUCUAAUAUUAACCAACCAGUAUCUGUAGAUGAUGAUUUUACAUUUCUUCAUGUCCUGGUAAUGUUACUGGUUGAUUCUGUCAUUGCUUGUGUAAUCACUUGGUAUAUAGAAGCUGUAUUCCCCGGUGAUUAUGGCAUACCACAGCCUUGGUAUUUCUUUCUUACUUCUUCUUAUUGGUGUCGUUCAAAACCAACUGAAUUGCUGGUAGAUUCAGAGAGUACACCGUUACUGGCAGGCACCAGUAACCAUACGCAAAAUUCGGAUUUCUUAGAGGCAGAUCCUACUGGUAUAAGGGCUGGGAUAAGUAUCCGUAUGCUUAAUAAGGUCUUCAAUAAAACUAAAGUGGCCGUGGCUGGUAUUUCUCUGGAAAUGUACGAGGGUCAAAUAACGGCACUGCUGGGGCAUAAUGGUGCUGGUAAAACUACAACUUUGUCUAUGUUAACUGGUUUAUUCCCACCGAGUGCUGGCACUGCAUUGGUUAAUGGUUAUGACAUACGUACAGAUAUGCAAUCCGUGAGAUCUAGUCUUGGACUAUGUCCUCAGCAUGAUAUCUUGUUUGAUAAGCUAACUGUGGAAGAACAUCUUAUUUUCUUCACAAAGCUUAAAGGUUUUCCAUCUAGUAAAGUUAAAUCAGAGGUGGAUAGAUAUAUAUUGGCACUUGGUUUGGAGGAUAAACGCAAAACACUGUCAAAGUCUUUAUCUGGUGGAAUGAAGAGAAAACUCUCUGUUGGUAUUGCCCUGGUUGCUGAUUCCAAGGUUGUUAUGCUUGAUGAGCCCACUUCAGGUAUGGAUCCUUCGGCUCGUAGAUUUACAUGGGAUUUACUACAACAGCAUCGUGCUGGAAGAACGAUAUUAUUGACCACGCAUUUCAUGGAUGAGGCUGAUCUCCUUGGUGACCGUAUCGCUAUCAUGGCCGAUGGGCAAAUCAGAUGCUGUGGGUCCUCUUUGUUCCUGAAAAAAAAAUAUGGAGUUGGCUAUCACAUGACUAUUGUCAAACUACCGGGAUGUGACGUGGAGCAAAUAACGGACAUUGUACGACACCAUGUACCCGAUGGGCAGAUAGGGAGUAAUAUUGGCGCUGAGCUCUCGUAUAUACUACCCAGCGAAUCAUCUUGCAAUUUUGAAGCAUUGUUUACAGAAUUGGAAAUGCAGAAAACGUCACUUGGUAUUGGUAGUUACGGGGCGUCUGUGACUACCAUGGAAGAAGUAUUUCUAAAGGUUGGUGAGAAUGCAGAUGAUUCAUUAAAAGGCAUCGUUGACAUCAAUCUUUCCGGAUCUAAGAAGGGAUAUAAAAGUUUAUAUAUGAAUGACAUGCCACAACGAUCAGCACAAAAUAGUUGUUCUGUUGACAAAGAUUCAGAUGAAGGCAUUAGAGACUGUAUUAUUGAGGCCCAAGAGUUGUUACCUAGUCCAUUCCAACACACCACUGAUUUACCAAUACCGACUCCCAAUUGUAUUUACAAUGCAGGACUUGUGCUUGCAUUCCAACAAUUCUAUGCCAUGUUUCUGAAGAAAGUGUUACAUUCCAAGAGAAACUUCCUGGUUAUGGUAGUGCAGAUACUGGUACCAUCGUUCUUCACUUUGAUUUCUAUCAUAGUGGUUAUCACGUACCCAUCGGUUAAACAACUCCCUCCACUGACGCUGACUUUAGAACCUUAUAAGGAAGUGGAAGUACCAUAUUCGGCCGGACAUCAUGCAACCAAUUUAAGUUAUCAACUAGCCUCCUGUUACGCUAAUCAGUUCAAAGGCACUGAUGCUUCACCACAUAAACUCAAAGACUUUGGGUUCAAUGAAACGUCUAAUUACUUGGUGACUGAGGCAGCAACGAAUCAUGUCAGCUUUAAUUCACACAAUGUGAUCACUGGACUAUUCCAACCAUUUGAAGACUUAAUUAACGUCACAUCGUUCUUCAACAACCAACCCUAUCAUGCUAUCGCAGCAUCCUUGAACGCUGUUGACAAUGCAAUAUUGAAAACCAAAAUGAAUGAUUCCUAUUCGUUAACUGCAAUCAACUAUCCCCUCCCGCAGACCAUCGAAGAAACGAUGUCUAACGUCAUGACUGAUUCAACAACUGGAUUUGCAAUCGCAUUCAAUUUACUGUUCGGUAUGGCGUUCCUGGCCAGCAGCUUUGUUGUGUUUCUAAUUAAAGAAAGCAGCACUAAAUCCAAACACAUUCAGUUUGUCAGCGGAGUUAGUUUAUUCAAUUUUUGGCUAUCUACAUUUGCUUGGGACAUCAUCAACUUUCUAAUUUGCAUAAUCAUCAUAUGUAUAAUGUUCCUGAUUGGUGACAUUGAUGCAUAUUCCGGAGGCGGUCGCCUUGGUUACAUCUUUCUAUUAAUGGUAUUGUAUGGUUGGGCUAUUAUCCCUCUUAUGUACUUAUUUGCGUUUUUGUUCUCCGUACCUUCGACGGGUUUUGUACGAAUGACGAUAUUCAACAUCAUCACAGGAUUAGUAUUUUUUAUGACAGUUGAGAUUUUAUCAUUCCCGUCAUUAAACCUGAUGUAUGUAGCAGAUGACCUGACCUGGAUAUUUAUGCUAUCGCCUAAUUUCUGUCUGGGAAUUGCGCUUGCAGACUUCUACAAGAAUUAUGAGACCCUAACUCUGUGUGAAUCCAUGCCACCAUUGAGUAAAAUACUUUGCAAGCAUUUUGAGAUUUAUUAUGAUAAAACUUACAUUGGUUGGAAUGACAAAGGUGGUAUUGGUCGAUACUUGGUGUUCCUGGCAUGGGAAGGAAUCGUUUUCAUAUCAUUAGUAUUUUUGAUAGAGACGAAAAUAUUCAGGUGGCUCUGGUAUCAACUGUUCCCGUCCAAACCACAAAGAUUGAUAGAGUUUAGCACUGCAGUGGAAGAAGAUGAAGAUGUAGCAGAAGAGAGAUCACGUAUCGAGUUGAGUCCUUUACAUAAAAUAAUGGUGUCAGACACUUUGGUCGUUAAAAGUCUACGCAAGGUUUAUUCGAUAGGUCGUAAUGAAGCACUUGUUGCUGUUGAUGAUCUCUCAUUUGGUGUAUCAUUUCGAGAAUGUUUCGGGUUACUUGGUAACAAUGGCGCUGGGAAAACCUCAACUUUUAAGAUGUUGACUGGGGAUGAAAUAAUUACGUCAGGCACAGCAUACGUGGAUGGGUACAAUAUCAAAAAUGAUCUCAAAUUGGUACAACAAAAAAUUGGAUACUGUCCACAGUUUGAUGCUUUAAUAGAUCAGAUGACAGGAAGAGAAACGUUGACAAUGUAUGCUAGGCUGCGUGGUGUACCAGAAUGCUACAUUCCAAAGAGUGUUAAUGAACUUAUGAAAGCUUUGCUGUUAGAAGAACACUCAGAUAAAUUAGUCAAGGCAUAUAGUGGUGGUAAUAAACGUAAAUUAAGUACAGCCGUGGCACUAGUGGGAGAUCCACCUAUUGUAUUUUUAGAUGAACCUUCUACUGGAAUGGAUCCUGUUGCUAAGAGACUAUUAUGGGAUGCCAUAUCACGCAUUGUAGCCGAUGGAAGUCGAUGUGUUGUGCUUACGUCACAUAGUAUGGAGGAAUGUGAGGCGCUAUGUACAAGACUUGCAAUCAUGGUAAAUGGUCAGCUAAAGUGUAUUGGAAGUACACAGCAUCUUAAACAUAGAUUUGGACAGGGAUAUACAUUAUUGGCAAAAAUAUCAUACACAAGAGAAGAACCCAAUUUAUUACCACUUAAACGAUUUAUUGAACAAACUUUCAAAGGUAGCAAGUUGAAAGACGAGCAUCAAGGUUUAGUACAUUAUCACAUCCAAGAUGAGUCGUUGACCUGGGCCAAAGUCUUUGGUAUUAUGGAGAGAGCAAAGACUGAAUACAAUAUAGAAGACUACUCUGUUAGUCAAACUACGUUAGAACAAGUCUUUAUCAACUUUGUACGAUCUCAGAGGGAUGUAGACGAGUAA